AUGAUUCUGUUGAACAACUUUUCUGAAUCUCUGAAGUUGACUCCCGAAUCACUCAAAAUUUCCACCAAUUUUUCACAACAACGUUUGGAUUUUCAAUGGCAUGUCAACAAUAGUUUAUACCGUCAGAGAAUAGAAAUGGUUUUUCAGAUACAGAUCAGUCGAAUUGUAACUUCCAAUGUCAUCUGGGUGGGGAACUACAGUGCCUCCGUGAAGGGGACCCAGGCCCUGCAUUGGAGCUGGGAAUCGGAACUCCCUCUGGAAUGUGCCACUCACUAUGUGCGAAUAAGGAGUCUGGUGGAUGAUGCCAGGUUUCCCAAGCCCAGGGCCUGGAGCCCCUGGAGCUCAUGGGAGAAAGACAGUGUAAAACCUUCUCUUGGAAAGGGUUAUUUCCUCAUUUUCCCCCAGGACAAAAUAGUGGAAGAAGGCUCCAAUGUCACCUUCUGUUCCAUUUCUAGGAGUAAUCAGAAUAAUUUUUCCUGUUUCUGGGAAAAGAAACAAAUGCGUAGAGAACAACUCACAGCAGAUGUGUCCACGUAUACCGUGCAUCAGGUUCCUUACAUUGGGCCAACAGGGGGCACUGUGUUUUGUGAGAUGAAGCCGGGUGAUGAUCCAACAGGGUCCAUACUCUUUGUAUCACAAAUCCUGGAAGAGCCCAAGAACUUUUCCUGUGAAACCCGAGACCUAAAGAACUUGGUCUGCACAUGGAAUCCUGGGAGGAACACUGGUUUGCUAAAAACUACCCCAAUCUACACUUUAUUUGAAGCAUUUUCCCAGAAAAGGAAGGUUUGUGAACACAAUAAUCGGUGCACUUGGCAAGUGACUGAGAAUUUCCAAAAGCAAUACAACUUCACCCUUGUGGCUGAAAACAUCUUACGAAAGAGAAGUGCCAACUCAGUGUUCCAUCUCGUCCAUCGAGGUUUUCUCCCGAGCUUCUUGAGUCUGUACAUUGAGGUCUUCAACCAAGUUCAGGAAGUUCUUGGUGAUUGUUUUCUCAACAUUGCCCUUCUUCUCUUUUCUGGGACUUAA